GCGAUCUCAUCUCCUUCCUCUUCCUCUUCCUCUUCCUCUUCCUACCUACAACCAAAACCACCAUGACCUUCCUCUUCUUCUCCUCCUCCAAAACCACCACCACCACCGCCAUGGCCACCUCCUCCUCGAAGCUCCCCCCGGUCAUCUCCAUCCUCCGCGAAGCGCUCCUCCUCCCGGCGAAGACGCUCCCCCUCUUCCUCCCCCUCCUCCUCUUCUCCCUCGCUUCCUCCACGCUCCUCUUCUCCUCCACCUUCCUCUCCAUCUCGCCCCUCCUCUCCGACCUCCUCCACAAGGCCAAGUCCCUCGCCCCGCCCCGCCCACCGAUCCCCGCCGACGCGCUCCCCCGCCUCCUCGCCGACGCCCUCGUCGACGUCUUGGCCGUCGCCCGCCUCCACUACGGCCCCAUCCUCGCCGCCUUCGCCGCCUCCCUCCUCCUCCUCGUCGCCGCCUCCUACGCCUUCGCCAUGGCCUACCUCGGCUCCUCCCUCUCCCCCCAGACCCUCGUCGCCCGCGUCGUCGAUCGCUCCUACAAGGCCAUGGUCACGCGCCUCUACGUCCUCGCCCUCUCCAUCGGCUACUCCUCCGUCGCCGGCGAUUCCCCCAAAACCCUAACCACCUCCGCCCUCUCUCUCUCAGCGCUUUCGAGAGAUCUGAUUCUCUUCGAAAGCGCGAAUUCUACAGUAGAUCUUAGUCACCGGAAAAGUGCAUUCAAAUUUUUAUACGACGGAUGGAUGGAUGGAUCAGGGGUAUCGAUCUUACUCUACUUCUACCUGUACACGCGAUGGUCGAUGAGCCUGGUGAUCUCGGCCGUCGAGGAGACGUGGGGGAUCGGGGCGCUGUCGUGGUCGGUGGAGCUGUUCAUCGGGAACAAGGCGACGGGCACGGCCCUCACCCUGAUCCUGAUGGCCGUGCGCCUCGCGAUAUACGGCGCCUUCGCGGCGCUGGUCGCCUCCGACCCCCCAACUCCCCCCGACCAGCUGAUGAAGGUCGGGGCCGCGACCGCCGCCGCGGCGGCCGCGUGGGAGCUCUACGGCGUGUCGGUGUACACCGUGUUCUACUACCACUGCAGGAAGAGCCAUGGAUUGGAUGAGCAAGUGGUGAAGGUGGAGGAAGGGUUCAUCUACUCUCCCUUGCCUUAUUCCACUGCAGUUAAGGUCGGUGCAAACUAUUGAUCCUUAGUAGUGUAAUAAUUAAUCUCCCUAUCUCUCUCUCUACAUAUGUCGUGUGUACCUAAGUUUGCUACAUAUAUAAAUAUGUAGCUGAUACUUGUUUGGUACUUUGGUGCAUAUACAUACAUUUGAUCUUGUGCUUAUAUCAUACAUUUGGUACUUUGUUUGAUCUA